UCUUCUUUUUCAUCCAAUCUCACCAAAAGCCAAAAGGGUUCCAAAUAGAGAGAAAUUAUGGAAAAAGUUGCAUUUUUCUUUUUUGGAAGUUUUCCUUUCUAGUUCUGAAGACACUACAGCAGGGGUUUUAGGAGAUACGAUAAUGUCCGAAGACGGCGACGUCGGUUUUUUUCUUUUCCCCGUUUGCAUCUCCUUCAUAAGUUGUUGGCAAAUCGAUCAAUUAAGCCGUCAUUUUCCAACCCAACAGUAGAUUGCGCUGGUUGUGGCAUCCUGAUCCAUCCAUCAGUGGACCUAACUUGCAUAAGCCAUCAAAGAUGCGAACAAGAAGAAUCGCGGCUGUUGCUUUGAUUUUCAGCCCAACAACGACAGCACGUAAUAACUAUCCGAAAGGUAACCCAUUUGUCCAUCAUCAUACACUCUUGUUUCAUCCUACCCAUUUUUCAACGAACCCUAAUCCCACUGAUGUCAUUGCAAUCACGAACCGGCAGCAACUACAGAAGUUGUUGUUGGAGAAAGCUAAGACGGGUUUUCACAAGCUUGACCAUGCUCUUAGUUUGUUCCAUCUAAUGGCCCGAUUUCGACCUCUGCCUUCUGUGAUCGAUUUUAAUCAGCUGUUAACUGCUGUUGCCAAGAUGAAGGAAUAUUCAUCCGUCAUUUCUCUAUAUAAAGAAAUCCGCGAGUUGGGCAUUCCGAUUAAUGAAUAUACGUCGAAUAUUUUGAUCAAUUGUUUUUGCCGGUUGAAUCGGGUGGAUUUUGGUUUUGCUAUCUUGGGCAUCUUCUUUAAAUGCGGCUGUACUCCGACCGUGACUACCUUCACCACUCUGAUGAACGGGUAUGUUUUAGAAGGUAAUACUUCUGAUGCUGUGAAUUUGUUCAUAAGGUUGAUAGAAUAUGGAGACAUCGAACCUGAUGCAAUCACAUAUGGGACAAUCAUGAAAGGACUUUGCAAAGUAGGAGACACUGCGAUGGCUAUACAGUUGCUGAGGAGUAUGCAGAAAAGGAACUAUAGGCCUAAUGUAGUGAUGUAUAGCACAAUCAUCGACAACCUUUGUAAGGACGGGAACAUAGAUGAUGCUCUGCGUCUCUUAUCGGAGAUGAGUGAAUCGGACAUUGUGCCUGAUGUGGUCACCUACAACUCUUUGGUCGAUGGCUUAUGCAAAUCAGGUCGAGGGAAGGAUGCCGCAAGAAUAUUGAGUUAUAUGACGGAGCGAAAUAUUUUCCCUGAUGUUGUAACCUUCAAUAUGUUGAUAAAAGCACUUUGCAUGGAGGGAAGGACCGAAGAAGCGGAGGGCAUACUCCAGAUCAUGAUCCGAAGAGGUGAGGAACCCAAUGUUAUUAGUUAUAGUACACUGAUGGAUGGAUAUUGUUUGCAAGGUCACAUGAAGAAAGCAAAAGAAGUGUUCAACUCCCUAGUUGAUAAGGGCCUUGAACAUGAUAUCCGUAGCUAUAAUAUUCUAAUCAAUGGUUUUUGCAAUAAGAUGAAUAUAGGCGAGGCCAUGGAUCUCUUUAGAGAAAUGUCGCGUAAAGGGUUAAAACCUACUACCUCUACUUACAACACUUUGUUAAAGGGGUUGUUACGCGUAAGGAGGUGCAAUGCAGCAGAUCAUAUGUUUCACGAGAUGAUGUGUAGCGGGCUAAAUCCUGACAUUUUAACUUACAGAAUCUUGUUAGAUGGAUUCUUUAAGAACCAAAAACUUGGCAAGGCAGUAGAGAUGUUUCGUUCAAUGCAAGAUCAAGGAAUAGUCCCUGAUUUUGUUAUUUAUCUUAUCAUCAUUAAUGGCAUGUGCAAAGCGGGGAAGAUUGAAGAUGCUCGAAAACUUUUUAGUACCUUCUUAGCUAAAGGUUUGAAACCCAAUGUUAAGAUUUACAACACGAUGAUUAGUGGACUUUGUAAGAAGGCCCUGCUGGAUGAAGCUGAGGAGUUACUAUUGCAAAUGGAGGGAGAUGGGUGCCCACCAAAUGAUGUUACUUACAAUAUUGUUGUUCGGGCAUUCCUGAAGAGGGGAGACAUAGACAAGGUUAAGAUCCUUCUGCAAGAAAUAAUCAAUAGGAAAUUCUCACCAGAUGCAUUUACCAUGUCCAUAUUAGUAGAUUUACUUCCGGCUGAGGGUGAGGAUAGCGAACUUUUAAAAAUGAUCCAGAGUCUUGUGCCAAGGGAGAGUAGUAAGGCUGUGUCCCAAACUUUAAGGGAAUGAUUUGAAGGUGUCAGAUUAUGGAUGCUUGUGCAAGUGACAUGGAAGGAUUUAUGAGGUUCUAUGUUGUCAACUUUAGGAGCAAGUUUCACCUUUACCAUGACAUUUGCCUUUUACUGGUAAUUUGGCUCGAGGUUAAACUGUGAUCUCGUGAUGUUAUAUUCUUGUGAUGUUGGUUAUUUUUAUAAAUGAUGCAUUUUUAUCCCCUAGAA